GCCGUGGGGCCGGGCGCCUUGCCCUGCUCAAAGAUGGCUGACGGCGGCCUCGGCUUGUCGGGAGGUGAGAGGUGAAAGGUGACAACGGCGGGUGGCCUGGCUCCAGGAAGAUGGCAGAGAGCGAGCGGCAGGCAGGCACCUCUGAGGAGGUGGCUCCUCAACUCCAGCAGAGCUUCAUGAUCCCCAAAAAGGAGAUAAACAUGGUUUCUGACAUGGCCAAAUGGAAGCGCUCUCAGGCUUAUGCAGAUUACAUGGGCUUCAUCCUCACCCUGAAUGAAGGUGUCAAGGGCAAGAAGCUGACCUGUGAAUACAAAGUCUCAGAGCCCAUUGAAAAACUGGUGGCUCUUCUGAACACCCUCGACAGAUGGAUCGAUGAAACUCCACCAGUGGAUCAACCUUCUCGCUUUGGGAACAAAGCCUUUAGGACCUGGUACGCCAAACUGGACCAGGAAGCAGAAAAGUUGGUGGCAACAGUGAUCCCCAAGCCUUUAGCUGACGCUGCACCGGAGGUAGCAGUGUACCUGAAGGAAUCGGUGGGGAACUCCACUCGCAUUGACUACGGCACAGGGCAUGAAGCUGCAUUUGCGGCCUUUCUCUGUUGCCUCUGCAAAAUCGGUGUUCUCAGAGUGGAUGACCAGAUGGCCAUUGUCUUUAAAGUGUUUAACAGGUACCUAGAAGUGAUGCGGAAACUUCAGAAGACCUACAGAAUGGAACCUGCUGGCAGCCAGGGUGUGUGGGGCUUGGAUGACUUCCAGUUUCUACCUUUCAUAUGGGGCAGUUCCCAACUAAUAGACCACCCAAAUCUGGAGCCUCGGCACUUUGUUGAUGAGAAGGUGGUAAAUGAAAACCAUAAGGACUUCAUGUUCCUGGAGUGCAUUCUCUUCAUUACAGAGAUGAAGACGGGCCCCUUCGCUGAGCACUCCAACCAGCUCUGGAACAUCAGCGCGGUACCUUCCUGGUCCAAGGUGAACCAGGGCCUCAUCCGCAUGUACAAGGCAGAGUGCUUGGAGAAGUUUCCUGUGAUCCAGCACUUCAAGUUUGGCAGCCUGCUCCCCAUCCAGCCUGUGACGUCCUAAGGAUGCUGCAGGAGGAGUCGAGGCAGCGGAGGCAUAGCGCGGCGCUCUUCCUCUUCCCCUCACCCCUUCCUCAUCACCUGGCCUGCCGCACAGCCCAUCCAUUCCUGCACAUCCUCAUCGGCAACCACAGAUCCAAAGCACUCUUCGGCCUUGCACGGGAGACGGGACUAAGAGCGACUCCUCCUGCAAGUCCCCGCCAUGGGGAUCUCUCACAAGUGACCAAGCCAGGGCUGUGCUUCUCCGCCCUGCCGUGGGCAGCUGGACUCCUGUCUGCGGAUCUGGGCAUGCAAACAGGGUUUGAGCAGGGGCUGCCUCGUGGAGAAGGCCUUCUGCUUUCCUUCCUGGGAGGAAGGGGGUGGGGAGGGGAGGAAGGCACGGGUAUAUGUUCUGGGCAGCAGUAACUGCAAUUUCCCGUUUCAAUUUCACUGAAGUUUCCUGUUGGUGUUUGGUUUGGGAAACCACUGUGAGGGGUGAGGUGUGAGCCUGCACCUGUUUGUAUGCAGCCGCCUUUGCUUGCAUGGGGUGUUCUUAAAAGGGUAAAGGAAGUUGUAGGGAAGGUCAGUGGGUUGCUGGAAGCCCAGGGUGACAUCUCUCCCUUAUUCUGGGUAAGGAAAGCCAUCUUCCUCCUCCCUCCAUCUCUCCUGCAGGGUUCCCUGAGUCUUCCUUUCACAUCACCAUCUCUUCUCUAAGGUGAAGCUAGGAGCCUUGUGGGCUGCAGGGAUCUAAACUGGCUCCAUAACUGGAGCCAAGGUCUCCAGAAGGCCCCAGCUCUGUGGGAGUGGCUAUGCAAAGACACAGCUUGAGCAGAGCUGGGUCAGGCUCCCUCCCCUCUGUAGUGGGGACAAAACCUCACAUGUUCUUACACAUUCGUUGCUGUUUAGGGAUCAGGUGGGUCCUGCCCUGCCUUCUGCACUGCCCUUUUCCUUUUAGGCGCUUUGCUGCCCUGCAGCUGGGCUGGCCUCAAUGGCACGAGGUGACUGUGGCUGCUACUGCUUGGUCAUAAAUUGCAGUCACAGCCCCAUAGCAAAGGGAUUUUCCCAUGAAGCAGCAUGUUCCCCAGCACUUUCAGGGAGGCAUGCCCAGAGCAAAGGCACCAUGGGGGCAAGCAUGCAGCUUUACAUAUAUUUAUAAAACAGUGCUAAAGCACAUAAAUAGACGAGGACAACUAUUUACAUCUGGAGAAAGCUCUUUCCUUUCCUCAUUGUCUGCUGGUGCUGCUGUACUGGUCCUCAGAUGGAGGGACCACACAUCCAGUACCACGAGCAGCAGCGUCCGGAAGGCAGGUGAAUGAAUGGGGACACGAUCCAGACCAUACUGACACUAUUACUAGGAGGGCAGAAGCUAUUGGUGGUGAGUUUGAGAGGAGCUGUCAUGUCCACAUGUCUGACCAAGGUGCUCUACAAGUUCCGGCUGGUGGUGGGGGCUCUUUCUCCUUGGGGUUCCCAUGCUGGAUGUGGAGGUGAGAAUGAUCUGGCCCAGUGUUUGCUGGAUGUUGGGGACAGCGGGGAUCCUUUCCCUGGCAUUGUCCUGGGCUGCACAGAGGGGGCUGGUGCUACCUUCAGUCAGGCUGCUCAGCUUUUGGUGCUGCACUGCUUUACUGUUACUGUUGGGGGGGAGCCUGUUUUCAUUUCUCUUUUUUUAUUUAUUUUUUUAACUAUUUUUCGCUGCCAGACCUAGCUACGUGCUCUUAUAAAAGGUUCUCUCAGAUGCUAUGGGGAGGGAGAGCAAGAAGAGUCUAAGAGGCAGUGAGAUGCAGGUGUCUGUAGAGCUAAAGCAGAGCUUUCUAUCUGGCACUGCUACUGUCCUGUCUCCUCCACUGCUUGGCCAGGGGCAGUUUGUCAUCUGUGUGGGACAGUAGCAAGCUUUCUACCUAAAGCAACUUUACAGAAUUGCAUUUUAAAUGGAAGUGAAGGAGACUCAAGUUAAGUCUUACUCCUAAAUCAUUCAUGGGAUGUGUGUGUCAAUUUGGCUUUCUAAAUAAAUCCACUCGAGGAGUGGUGCUGCCUUGCUUCUUGGGACCUGAGUGGUCUGUUUCUGGCGGAGCAGUUCAGCAGCCCCAACCUGGAGCAGGAAACUCGGGCUUCUCGGUCUUUGUCCUCUCUCCCUGCUGAUGGCUUUUGACAAGUGCCACGAGGCUGCAAACAGCUGUACAGCAUCUGGGCAGUGCUGGUUUUCAAGGUUUCUCAAAGCUUCCCUGGGGAUUUGAACUUGUCUCUCCCAGUAAUUUUAUGGAAAUGGGGCUUCUGUGUAAAAAGGUGAAUGGAAAGGUUGACACCCACACUCCAGAUGCAGGGAGGGACACCAAGGAUGUGACACAGAGCACCAGAAAAAGGGUAGGGAGGUGUUUCCUUCCACUGCAGCUGCAUCCAGUAUGUGUACCUGGGCUUGGGACUUCCCAAGGAAGUAGGAAGAGGCUUAUGUGGAGCUCUGUUUCUUGCUUGCCUGAGUCUGCAUAUUUGUCCUAUUAGGGAUUUUUGGACCUUAUGCAGUUAAUUCAUGUUUGGAUCGCAUCAACCCACUUGGGACGUGCCUCCUGUAGCGUGACAGUUGGCUGCUCAUGUUCCUCCAACUCCCACCAGCAUCCACCGCUGGCCCACGGGGCUCUGCUCCUCUCUCAGUAGGUCUGCAUAUGUAGCAGUGCCCAGGGCUGCUCGAUGUCUAAAGCAGUGCUCCCCCACCUCCAAUGUUGUGGUUUUAAUUAAAAUCCCUGUGUUUUGCACCGGU